AUGAAUAAUAAUCUACCACCGCCUUCUAAACCUCGAUCGAAUCAAGGUCAAGGAGGCUCAUCCAAUUCAAAUCUAGGCGAUUCUACAAAUCUACUAUCACAUCAAUCUCAACCACCUCCUCCCCCUCUUCCGCCUCACUCUAGUUCUUCUACAAGUUCAAUUCAACAUAAUAAUGCUGGAUCUUCUCAAUCAUCGAGAUCAGAUGGUCCAAAAUCAUCAUCUUCCAACCCUUCUACUAUACAAUCUUCUUCAUCAUCGUCGGCAAUGGCUGCCGCUAAACGAUCUAACUUUCAAUUUACUUAUGAUGCUGAUAAUUUUCUCUUAGAUUUAAUAUUUAAAUAUAAAGAUGAAUUGUUUACUAGGGGUAAUACCAUAAAAACUUGGGAAUUGGUAUUAUAUGAAUUCAAUCAUCAAUUUAAAGCCAAUAUAGUUCAAUCAAGAACCAUUAAUAAUCGAUUUAAAAUCCUUCGAAAGAAUUUAGAAAAUCGUUUAAUGAAUGAAACUGCAUUACCUUUACAAGACUUAAAUUUAAAUGAAAAUGAAAAAUUAUUAAUUAAUUUAAAUCAAUUUUUAAGUAAUAAAGAAUUAUCAAAGACUACAACUAAUCCAACUAUUGGCCCAUCUUCAAGUAAUAAUCAAACCACGGUUGGUUCGAGUGGAGGGAAUAAAUCUAAUUCAACAAAUAAAUUUUUUGAUACAAAUUUAAAUAAUAGUAAUAGUAAUAACACUAAAGAUUCAUCGUUAAAUUAUAAAUUUCAAUCAUUAUCAAAUACUUCAACAUCAUCAUUUGUACCUCAUUCACCUCAAGAAUCACUUGAUAUCGAUCCAACUUCAACAACCUCACCGUCAUUUAAUAUUCAAUUGUCUCCAACCCUCACAGCCGAAACUCCACUGCAACUCGUGCAACAGCAACAACAACAACAAAUCCAACAAAUCCAACAAUUACAACAGUUACAACAGAUUCAACAACAACAACCAAGUCAACAAUUUCCAUUUCAAUUCUUACCUCCCAAAGCUGAUAUAUCAUUUGAAAAUCAGCCCCCUCCACCUCCACCACCUCAAGUGACUGUCGCCCCUCCUCCGGCGCCUCAACAACAACCACCACCACCACCACCACCACCGCCACCACAGCAGCAACAACAACAAGCUGCUCUACCUCAGGAUCCUCAAGAAUCGGAUGAAUUACGAUUUAGAAAGAGAAUCAAAAGUAUUCCAACUACUUCAUCUACAGCAGCAUUAAAUCAAGAUCUACUUCAUCAACUUCUAUUAGCUCAAAAUGAAUAUAACUUACAGAUUAAUGAAAUUAGAAAAGAAAUUCAAGAUUUGAAAUAUGAAUUUGACUAUAAAAUAAAAGAUAUCUCGAAUAAAAUAGAUUUAAAUAAUGAAAAUUUACAUUUAAGGCUUAAUAAUUAUUUUGAACUUAUGAUGACUAGGUUGGAUAUAGAAACUACAAAUUUGCAGCAACCACCACCACCACCUAUUCCUCAAAGGCAACAACAAUCACAACAGUUCCAGUCUUCAGUCUCAUUAUCACAAAUCUCUCAUCAACAACAACAUCAAGACCAACUUGAUCAUUUUCAACGGUCAUUAUCUCAUCAACAUAACUCUCCUAUACUUUCGCAACAAUCACAAUCAACAUCGCAGAAUCAUCUGCAGCACCAAUCCCCAGAACAACAACAUCGCCAACAAUCAUCGUAA